GCUCGGCUCACUUCCGCCUUGGCUCCGUGGCUCCGGCAUGGCGCCGUGCACGCUGCUACCGCUGCUGCUGCUGCUGCUGCUCCGGUGCGCCGCCCCGGGGUCCCCCGAAAACUCGAGCUGGCCGGCCGUACCUCGCAACUAUACGCACGGGGGCCCCCCGGGCACGGGUCCCAUGCUGCUUCGCUUGUUCUACGUGAUCACCGGGCUCAGCGGCCUGAUCUCGCUCUACUUCCUCAUCCGGGCUUUUAGACUCAAGAAGACUCAGCGAAGGAGGUACGGGCUUCUGACCAACACAGACGAGCAUGAAGAGAUGGCCUCCCUGGACAGCGAGGAGGAGACGGUCUUUGAAACCAGGAAUCUGAGAUGAUGUGGAGGGGUCGUCAGGCUGCAGGGACAGCGGAGGGCGUGUGCUGCGGGCUCGGAUGCCAGCUUCCUGGAGGGGGCCUGCACAGUCCCGGACGCCGCCUGGGCCAGGACAGUCUGACCUCACCUCGCCGAGAGCAGCCCACAGACUCGAGGUCCCCGAAGCUGGACUGACGUGUGCUGCUCUGUCGUCCUGCCUCCCUUGAGGGACGAGGCAGCCCUCCGGGCGUGAUGGAGCGGACGGACAAUAAAGAAGCAGUGGCUUUGUGGCUGACCUGAACCCCCC